AUGGUCGUCGGCGGCCGCGGCGUCGCCGCGCUGUGCAGCGUCGUCGCCGCCGCCGCCGCGUGCGCCUGGUCGCUCCGGCGCCCGGCGGCGCCGCCGCGCGCGCCAGGCUGCCCGCCGGUCGAGGCGCUGCUCGUCGGCGGGCCCGGCUCGGCCGCCGCGUCGCUCGCGUUCCACCUGAGCGCGCGCGUGCCGGACUGGCCCGCCCUCGCGUGCCUCGCGGCCGCCGGCGACGCGGCCGUCGACGCCGCGCUCGCGGGGCCGAUCCCCGUCGACCUCCCCGACCACUUCCCGCGCGGGUCGCCGCCGCCGCUCUUUCUCGCCGCGGCGCUGACGCGGCUCCUGCUCGGCGAGGGGCCGCCGGGGGACGCCGAGGCGGCCUGGCGGUGCGUCGCGGCCGCCGCGGCCGCGGGCGCGCCCGUCGACGUCGCCCUCGUCGCGGCGCUCCUGCCGCCGCCGGAGGGCCUGCCGGCCUGGCUCGGCGCCUACGGCGAAGCCUUCGCGCUCGCCGCGCCCCAGUUCUACCUCGGCCCGCCGCUCUCCGGCGCGCCGGCCCACUUCAGGGCAGGACAAGAGAGCGAAAUUCCCAACUUCAAAGCCUCAUAUCUCGGCCGUUUUCCACUCGCGACCUACGCGACGGCGCCCGCGUUCUUCGCGUUCCGCGAGGACGCGCCGGGCGCGCGGACCUGCGUCCAGCGCGCGGGCGACGUCCUCUUCGUCCCGAACAACUGGGGCCACGCCGUCCUCAACCUGCGCACGUCCGUCGGCGUCGCCGCGGAGCUCUCCUUCCUCGAGCU